AUGAGAUAAGAUGACAAAAUGGAAGAAGGUAAUACCUAUGAAGAAGGAAUGCAGACCUAAAGUCAAUCUUAAUAGCAUGCUUAAACAUCUUCUGUAACUCUUUAAUUCUUAUGAUAGAGCUCUCAAUAAACAAGCUAUCAAACAUAAACAAUUGUGACAAAAACGAUAACAACAUCUCAUCGAGUAUAACAAUCAGAAGAUUAAGGAUAAGUAUAGAUCACUCUAAUAAAUUUAGUUUGAUGCCGCUGAAUUUGAAAUGAUGAAUGGUUAAGGUAAUGUUGAAGGAGAAAUUUAUGAAAGUGCAUCUGCAGUAUUUAUUAAUAUUAUUCAAUAUUAUAGUAAUAUAAGUAUGGUGGUUAUAAUCUAUAAGCUGAUCAUGCUAAACUUGGUGGAGGAUUAAUGCUUAAUAAAUAUAAUUUUUCAGAUGCUUCUUUAAAGGUUAUUAUAAAUUAAUUAGAUUAGGAAAAAUAAUUUAAUAGUUCAGCAGGUAAAGUAUAGAUGGCAUGUGAAGCUGCUAUGGCUGCUGCAUUAAGAAGAUAAGAAGAAGCAGCAGCUAUAGGUGGUGGUAUGGCAAGUUGGGAAUUAUAAAUGAAAGCUAUGGCAGAAUUAAAGGCAUAAUAUUAAUUAUCAGCCAAAAUAACAGUAAAACAACGAUCUUUUUUAAUGUAUGGUUAUGGUUUUAAAGGAAAAGAUGGAAAACCAUAAAAAUGUGAUGAUGAGGAUCUUUCCAAAUAAAAAUGUGAUGAUGAAGAUUUAAAUAAAUUAAAAUGUGAUGAUGAAGAAAUUAAUAAGAAUAAAUGUGAUGAUGUUGAAUAGGAAAAACCUAAAUAAGGAUUAAAUUUUGCUGUUUGUGAGGCAGAAUGUAUAGAGAAGCCAAAGAAAAAAAAACCAGAAGAUUUAACAAAUGCUCCUUAAGAUCCAGAAGAAUUCUCUAAAAAAAAGAAACCAGAAGAACCAGAAGAGAAACCUUGUGAACCAGAAGAAUUCUCUAAAAAGAAGAAACCUAAUGAACCAGAAGAGAAACCUUGUGAUCCAGAAGAAUUCUCUAAAAAGAAAAAACCUAAUGGUCCAGAAGAGAAUUAAUGUGAACCAGAAGAAUUCUCCAAAAAGAAGAAACCUGCUUCAGAAUAAAAGAUAUAUAGUCCAUAAGAUUUAAGUAAAAGCAAAAAUACACCUCGAAUUCAAUCACCAGAUAGAUAUUUUCAACCCAGAAGUGAAGAAUUUAUAAGAUUAAUGCCCAAAAGUCCAUAAUAAAUAGUUUAUCCUGUUAGUUCAGUAAGAAGCAUUAUUGUGCCAAAAUUUGUAGCUUGUGAACCUGUUCAAGUAUUGUUUAAUUAAUAAUUAGGUUGCAAAAUAACCAAUGUUAACAUAAUGUUUAAGUGUUAGACAACCACUUGUCAUAUAAGAAGAACCUGCAUCUUUUGUGGCUGUUUAACCUGUAUAACAAUAGUUGAGGACAGUCUAACCUUAAUUUGUUUAAUAGCAAGCUAUAAUAUAGCCAGUUAUCUAACAAUAAUAAGUUGUGUAAGUUUAAGAAAUGCAACCAUUAUAAUAAGUUAUGAUGGUCCAACCUACUCAAAAGAUUGAAACAUAUUCACAAUAACAGAUUUAAGUUUAAUAGCCUCAUUUUAUUAGUCAAAAUGUAUAAGUAACUGGUUAAUAACCAUAAUAUGCGACUACUUAAACAGUUUAAAUGAUGACUUAAUAACCUAAUUUAGUUGUUGCUUAACCUUAAUAAGUAGCUUCUGUUGCUUAACCAGUAGUUUUAAUGUAAGGAAUAUAAUAAGAGAUGAUUUCUUCAGUGGCUGUAUAAUAAUAAAUAGUAACAAACACACAUUUAAUUUAAUAAGAUGCAUUAUCCCCUAUCAGAUAACAACAAAUUAUUUAAUAACCUUAAGUAGUGUUGUAACCAUCACAAUAAUAAUAAACAAUGUAUGUUUAAACUUAACCUAUAUUAUAAUAAAAUGUUUAAAUGCAAUAAUCUGUAUUACAAAUAUAACCAUAAUAAACUAUUUAAUAAGUAUAACAAAUUCCAUAAGUAAAUUAUAAAUAUAAUCCAUUUUAGGUUACAUCCCCUUUGAGGUAAUAAUCUUUGGUUUUAUAGCCUCAAUUACAAUAUAAUACAUAACCACUUGAACUUUUGCAACGCAGCCAGUCUCCUGUCGGUUAAUAGUAAUUCAAAUUUUAAACAGUCCUUCAUAAAGGAUGA